CACUCUGCCCAGGCAGCGCUGAACUAAAUGCGUCAACUUUUUGUUUUCCUCUUGUUUGGAGCGUGUUCCCGUUUUGUUUUGGGAGUUUAUAGGACAUGAGUGAAGAUGAAUGAGGAUGCGUUCGAGGUCCAUGAGAGGAACGAGUACCGCUACCUGGUGCAGGAUGAGGAGGAGGAGGAGGUGCAGUACGUCCGUCACAGACAGUACGUCAGCCCCCUGCUGGUGCUGUCCCGCCGCUGCAUCCUCCUCAUCUGCCUGGCGGUGUUCGCCCUGCUGGUCCUCGCCACCUACCUGGGCUACGUGGCCCAGACGCUGCCGCCGGGACUCGCCCAGGUGACCACGGACUGUGGAGACUUCAGAGGGAGACACAAAAAUGGAGCGUACUCUUUUCGAGGCAUGCCCUACGCUGCUCCGCCCGUUGGAGGUCUACGCUGGGCUCCUCCAGCUGAGCCCGUGUGCAGGGGCGGGGUGGGCGACGCCAGCCGCUUCCGCAGCAUGUGCCCCCAGGUCCGACCCUUGAGGAGCACGGGUAAGGUGAUGGGCCAGGAGGACUGCCUCUUCGUCAACGUGUGGACGCCCACGCUGCAGCCCAGCGCCAAGCUCCCCGUCAUGGUCUGGAUCCACGGAGGAUACCUGCAAAUGCUUAGUGGAGACUAUCAGGGAUACUCGCCCACGGAGAAGCUCGCCGCCGACACGGGCAUGGUUUACGUCAGCUUUAACUACAGGCUCAACGCCUUCGGCUUCCUGGCUCUGGAGAUGCUGAGAGCAGGUUCUCCAAAAAACACAUCAGGGAACUAUGGCUUCCUGGACCAGAUCGCAGCUCUGAAGUGGGUCCAGAGGAACAUCCAUGCGUUUGGAGGAGAUCCGGGAAGAGUCACCAUAUUUGGGCAAAGCUCAGGCGGGACCUCGGUGUGGACCAUGAUGACGUCCCCGCUGGCCACAGGACUCUUCCACGCGGCGGUGGACAUGAGCGGCUCGUACGUCUACAACGCGACGCUGCAACAAGCCGAGUCCGACAACCUGGCGUUCCUGAAGAAGACGGGCUGCAGAGACGCGGCCUGUCUCCGACGUCUCUCCAUCAAACAAGUCCUGCAGGCCGUCCCGUGGCAGGAGUACCCCUUCUGGGCGGCAGAUGACAUGUUGGAUCUCCCCACUAGAGGGCGCCUCGUCGGGCCGGUCGCAGUGGUGGACGGGUACGUCCUGGAAGCUCCACCGUUCGAGGUGUGGGAGAAGAAAAUGAACCACAGCGACGUCCCGUUCCUCAUCGGGACGACGGCGCAGGAGGUUGACUUCAGUCCUCCGGCUGGAAACAUCUCCAUGUGGACCUGGGGCGACUACAAGUGGUUUGUCACAGAGAAGCUUCAGUCUUUCAGUAAGAAUCUCUCCCAUGAUGCUUUGCUCCAGUAUCCCAGCUCGGAGCACUGUCCCACCACAGACCGCUGUCCAGAGAGGUCCUACACCACCAUGGUGUCGGACAUCAGGGUCACAUGCCCCAACAACGACCUGGCCAGGAGGGCCGCAGACGCCCUCAGCAGCCCCGUGUAUCGCUACGUGGUGACGUAUGUGCCGUCAGGGCCGAUCAACGCGUCCGGAGACCUGCUGGCGUUCCCCAGCCGCUUCUCCUUCCACUGCCUGGACGCCGUGGCUUUCUUCGGAGGGCUGGAGGCCGCGCUGGGAAAACCUCUCUCCGAUAAAGACAAGAGCUUCCAGGAGCUCAUCACACGGCACCUCGUCAACUUCGCCAAAACAGGAAGGAUGGAGAAGGAGUGGCCCGAGUACCCAGCAGCCAUUGCUCUGCUGUCGGACGGCCUGAAGCCGUCCCAGAACUACUCGGCCGCUCGCUGCGAGCUGUGGAAGGAGAACGGCCUGUACGACUACGCCUGGAUGAACUGAGCGCACACAGCGUCACGCUGAUGACUUCUGCUUCAUCCGCCUCAGACUGACUGCAGUUUGAAAACCUCACCGGAAAUGCAGCGUUUUUAUGGGUUUGAAGUUCAGCCUUCAUGUCUUAAUUUUACAUUCUGAAGCGUUAACGGCAGCCAUGUUCGUGUUUGAAUCUCUUGAUCCCCAGUGGUGUCUCUUCAUGCAGAUCAUUUUGGUUUUGUAAACGGAAAGCUUGACUUCCUGCGUAGCUGCAAACCACUAGGGGAGAGCUUUAGUGUUUUAACUUGGGUGAAUUUAGCUCAAAGUGGGAGAAUAAGCUUGAAGGAAGCAUGUCGACCAGAGUAAAUGACCAAAGUGAAAUGCAUCAUGGGAUUUAGGAGUCGUAUGAAAUAUGAGGAAAGUGACCAUGCAGGAAGCUCUAUUGUCCAGAAUAUAUGAGAUGCAUAGGAAGAUGCAUUUCCCUGAUCUCAUGAAAUGCUCCAGAAAAAAGAAAA